CAGAUUUUUUGACUUUUCGACUGCAGCCCUGGGCUAGUGGGCUCACGCGUGUUUCAUUUAUAGAAGUUGGUCGAACGGCUGAUAGCGCGCAGGCUGACUGAGCGGAACCUUUUCUUGGAAACCAUGAUUCCUUCCGGAAGAAAACUAGGCUGCACCAGCUGGCGUUGCACUCCUCUUAUUAUACAUCCAUGCACUAGACCCGUUUUCUAGAUAAUGUAACAACUGUUUGACUUGCAAAGUAGGAUAAUAAGUUGUAUCAUACACGGUAAUGAGGUAGUAAGUUGAUAAUACAUUCAUAACCUGGCUGAUGGCUCACAUUAGCAGCUUUACCGUUUACAGGCAUCCGGUAACGCAUCGCUUAAAAAGUCAACCCCUAGGUGAGAUACCGUAAAUGACUGCGACUAUUAACUUGUAGGCCUUUAUCUAAGGGUAACUGCAGCUUCUGAAGAGGUCCAUGAUGCUGUGAACAGCACAUUAUUCACAGACCGCUUGUAGUAAAGUGUAUUUCCUCGGACAGAACACUUUAUACAUUUUAUAUGAAGAUUUAUUUUGCUGUUAGCGUAAGUUGCGUCUGACGGACACCAUGGAUGAAGAACCAGAGAGAGCCAAGCGCUGGGAAGGGGGCUAUGAGAGGACUUGGGAAGUGCUGAAGGAGGACGAAUCUGGAUCCCUGAAAGCCACAGUAGAGGAGAUCCUGUUCCAAUCUAAGAGGAAGAGGGUGAUAGAGAGCCAUGGACAAGUAAGGCUCGGAAUGAUGCGUCACCUCCACGUGGUAAUUGACUGUUCAAGAAGUAUGGAUGACCAUGACUUAAAACCAAACCGCCUCACCUCCACUCUGAAGCUCAUGGAAUCUUUUGUUGAUGAGUAUUUUGACCAAAACCCCAUCAGUCAGCUGGGCAUUAUCACCACAAAGAAUAAACGAGCUGAGAAGCUGACCGACCUGGCAGGAAAUCCAAAGAAUCACAUUGUUGCUCUGAAGAAAGCAGUCGCCACUUUGUGUGUAGGAGAGCCGUCCUUAUACAACUCUCUCAACCUGGCCAUUCAGACACUCAAGCACAUGCCUGGACAUACGAGCCGGGAGAUCCUCAUCGUCCUCAGCAGCCUCACUACAUGUGACCCAGCCAACAUAUGUGAGCUGAUUAAGACCCUGAAGGCUCUCAAGGUGCGGGUGUCUGUGAUAGGCCUAUCAGCUGAGGUCAGGGUAUGCACAGUCCUGACCAGAGAGACGGGAGGCUCGUACCACGUUAUCCUGGAUGAGAGUCACUUCAAGGAGCUGCUGAUGCUGCAUGUCAAACCUCCUCCAGCCAGCUCUUCAUCUGAAUGCUCUUUAAUACGCAUGGGUUUUCCUCCACACAUCAUCGCCUCCCUCACUAAUCAGGAUGCCAAGCCUUCAUUCAGCAUGUCUCACCUGGACAGCAGCUGUGGUGCGGGUCUGUCUCUGGGAGGAUACUUUUGUCCGCAGUGCCAAGCAAAGUACACAGAGCUACCUGUGGAGUGUAAAGUCUGCGGUUUGACUCUGGUGUCGGCACCCCAUCUUGCCAGAUCCUUCCACCACCUUUUCCCGCUCGCAGCCUUUACAGAGAGUCCUGUGGAUGGGCUCCAAGACGACAGGGUCUGUCAAGCUUGUCAAGGGGAGCUGAAAGAUAAAACUGUAAGUACAAUAGCUUAAUAUAAUGGCUUAUUC